AUGGGAUUAUUAAGUAGGAUAGCUAGUGGUUUAUAUUUUGGUGGGAAUUAUAUUGAUACAAUAAGAUUUCAUGAGACAAAUUCAUCUACUACAUUUCUCAUACCUAAAUCAAAUUUAAAUGAGACUCAGGAUUAUCUAAAACUAGGGAAAGAUAGAAAUAAUAUAAGAAUUAAAGAGGAUGAGAAUAAUAAUACAAAUAUUAUAAUAGAUACUGAAAAUUAUAGUAAUAUUGUGAUUUCAUUUAAUUAUAAAAGUUAUCCUAUUCCAUUAAAUCAUAUAUCUAAUUGGAUGAAUGCAGUAUUCAGUAAAUCAGAAAGUAUAGAUAUAAAUAAAGCAUCUUCAGAAAAAAAAAUAACUCCAUUUCAUUCAUUGGUAGUACCUAAAAUUUCAAUUGGUGAAUACUAUACUUCUAGAUUAAUGAAAUUUAUUGGUUCUACACCUGUGGAUUUCUGUGUAACAUUAAUACUAUUAAAACGUACUUUGGAAAAUUCUGGUGGAACAUUACAAAUUACUACAUUAACAGCACAUAGAUUAAUUUUGGCUGCCUCGAUAGUUACACAUAAACUGAUGUAUGAUAUUCAAUAUGGAUUAAAAUUUUGGGCAUAUAUUGGAGGUGUUCCACAAUGGGAAAUGGUAAUGUUAGAAUAUCAUAUACUAAAAAUAUUAAAUUGGAAUUUAAAUAUAAAUUAUGAUGAAUUUUACACUAUUUAUAGUUAUGUAAUUUCAGGUAGAAAGAAUGAUAUUAAUAAUAUACUUAUUAAUGAAAUUAUAUCAUUUAAUAGAUAUAAAAAUAAUAAUAAUCAUCAUGAUCAUCAUUAUAUAUAUACUUCGAAGUGUACAAAAAUUCAGCUUAGUGUAACGAAGCCAAUGUCCAAUCGUAAUACAUUGAUGCAGAGUUCAAAAUAA